AUGGGUGGCAAAGCAUCAGAUGCUGAUGCGUCUAAAAAAGAAAAAAACGUUCGACAACCAGAUAUUGGUACAUCUGAGGAAGGGCAGACAUCCGAAAAAACUCCCUUGCAAAGGGAGCAGUCUACUGCUUCCAUGGAGGACGUUGGAGCUAUUGAGAUUCCUAAGCCAAGUGUUGAAGAGGUCGAGAAGUGGAAGCGAAAUGAUGUUACAACUUUCUUGAACACAAUGAAAGAAAGUCUAGAUCUUGACGACGAAGAUAUUCAGAAAAUCACGGAUCAAAAAGUUGCCGGUCAAGCCUUCCUUCGUUUAACUGCAGAAAAACUUAUGCAAGAUGGCUUAUCUCGAGGACCAGCAGAAUCAAUCGCAGGGUUGAUUGACAUGAUUAAGGGUGGCAAAGAGCAAGAUGCAAUCACUAAAAUUCAUGAAAUACACAAUAAACUUACUCAACCAACUGUUGAGACUAUAUCCAUCUCCAAAAUCAAUACAGAGAACUUCCAGCUUUUAAAAAGCCAUCUUAAUCUCAAAAUAGAUAUUGCCUCUUUCAAUAUCCUUAUUCAUAAUAACAUGUCAUCACCAGCUUUUGAAUGGGAGAAUAAGACAGAACCGGCCCGUAAGGACGAAUACUUGGAAUGGCUACACCAAUACAUUCCUUUAACCAAUCCUCUUGUUUGGCACGAUGUUGGAGGUAACCACGACUUACUAGAUGUGUAUAAUGAUACCAGAUUACCAUAUAAUGUUCAUGGUGGAACUGAUGUAGUGGUUGCAGACAAAAAUGGUAUUGCAAGCCAUUUGAUUCCAGAGAGUAUUUAUGCAGUUCUGGAGUUAAAGAAACGGAUCGAGAGGAAACAUGUAAUGCAAACUAUCAUGGAAAUGGUUGUUGCUGAUUUGAUAACUUCUGAUAGUAGGACCGUUUUUGGAAUCUUAUCAGACCUCAGAGAUGAUUGGCAAUUAUUCUGGUUGGAAGAAGACAGGAAAAUAAAAAAUUGGAAAGCACCAAAUCGGAAUGUUGCAGUUCAGGUGAUAAGUACACUCUUAAGUCCCGGAGACAAUAUUAAUAUGGAGGAUACAUCAAUCAUCAUUCCAGCUGCCAAACGUGUCAAGUUGGAUACUCUGUUACCAAAUAAAACCAUAAGUGAAGAAGAUGAUAUUGCUCGGAUGGAAGAUGUUUAUGAUGUUAUGUCAAAGGAGGAAAUCUGGCGCCAUAAAGUUGGAGUUGCUUUAGGAAUUGUCAGAAAUAUUCCUUCUUUUUCAUCAAUGUAUGCAUAA